UUGACGUUUUACAAUACCUUUUUAACGAUUACAUAUAUAUUUAUAUAUUGGUAGAUCUAAACGAAUUCUUUAUUGGUUUAUUGUAGCAGUUUAUACUAUAGAGUUUCAGAAAAGAGGACUUCCACAUGCCCAUAUUCUGUUGUUCAUGGACUCUAGAGACAAAUUUCCAACAGCAGAAGAUAUUGAUCGCAUUAUUUCAGCUGAGAUUCCUGAUAAGGAAAUGGAGCCUCGAUUGCAUGAUAUUGUCAAAGACACAAUGAUUCAUGGUCCAUGUGGAGUGGUUAAUAAAAGUUCUCCUUGCAUGAAUGAUGGGAAGUGUACUAAAUUUUUCCCCAGAAAGAAUGUGGAGAAAACAACGGUUGACUCUCAAGGUUAUCCCAUUUACCGGAGAAGGGAAGAUGGUCGUUUUGUAGAGAAGAAAGGAAUUCAGCUGGAUAACGGAUAUGUGGUUCCUUAUAACAAGAAUCUCAUGCUUCGUUACAAUGCUCAUAUCAAUGUUGAGUGGUGUAAUCAGUCUCGAUCGAUUAAAUACUUAUUUAAGUAUAUCAACAAAGGAUCUGAUUGUGUGACAGCAGCAGUUACUCAGAAGGCUAGCAAGAAUUCAACUGGAGCUGAAGCUUAUGAUAAUACUGUCAAUCGCGAGGAAGGUACAAACGGUGCUGGACUAGGAGUGGGAAUGGACAAUGCUGGAGAAGGAGUUCGUAUGGACACUGCUGGAGAAGAAACAGAACCACUGGUAGAUGAAAUUAAAAAGUAUUUCGAUGCUAGGUAUGUCUGAUAAUAUUUUAUUUUAAAACAUGUGUUCUAUUGGACAUAUUAACUAAUAUAUUAUCAUAAAUUUAUCUACUUUUUUAGAUACAUUUCUGCUUGUGAGUCAACUUGGAGAAUUUUAGCUUUUCCGACGCAUUAUCGAGCUACACCUGUUGAGAAGCUAACAUUCCAUUUAGAAGGUGAUCAACCCGUAGUCUACAAGGAAGGUGAUACUGUGGAAUCAGUUAUGGCUCGUGUGAAUGUACAGAAGACAAUGUUCCUAGCUUGGUUCGACUGUUGUGAAAAAUACCCUGAAGCUAGGUUACUGACUUAUGCAGAAAUGCCCACUAGGUUCAUAUAUGAUUCCAAGGCAAAAGUCUGGAAUAGACGGAAAAAAGGUUUUGCAAUUGGGAGGUUGCAACAUGUAUCUCCAAGUUCUGGACAACUUUAUUAUUUGAGAGUAUUGCUAAAUAAGAUAAAAGGUCCACGAUCCUAUGAAGAGAUAAAGACAGUAGAUGGAGUUGUUCAAGCGAGUUUUGAGGAUGCAUGUUAUAAGCUAGGUUUGUUAGAUGACGACAAGGAGUACAUUGAAGGUCUUAAAGAAUGUGCUUUUUGGGCCUCAGGUCAGUAUGUACGCAAUCUGUUUGCACAAAUGUUGGUAAACGAAAGCUUAUCCUCUCCAAAAUUGGUAUGGGAAGCAACCAAAGACUUACUUUCCGAAGACAUUCUCUACCUUGAGCGACGAAGGCGUCGAAAUCCAAGUGAGUUUUUUACUAUGAUUCUAUUAAAAUGAUGAUCUCUAUCUUCCUAACUUUAUUGCGCAAUCAGAAAACUUACUAUAUAAAUACACGAAAUCUUUGUAGGUUUGGUGCUGACUGAAGAACAAAUCCUCAAUUGUACACUACUUUUGAUUGAUAAGGUUUUGCGCAGUAAG